AUGGCAGGUGAACAGAAACCCUCAAGUAACCUCCUGGAACAGUUUAUUUUACUAGCCAAAGGUACCAGUGGCUCAGCCCUCACUGCUCUCAUAAACCAAGUCUUGGAGGCUCCUGGAGUCUAUGUCUUCGGAGAACUGCUGGAGCUGGCCAAUGUGCAGGAGCUUGCAGAAGGAGCUAAUGCUGCAUAUUUGCAGUUGCUGAACCUGUUUGCCUAUGGGACAUACCCAGAUUACAUAGCCAACAAGGAGAGCCUGCCAGAACUGAGCACAGCUCAGCAGAACAAGCUGAAGCACCUUACCAUCGUGAGCUUGGCGUCGAGAAUGAAGUGUAUCCCCUACUCCGUGCUGCUGAAGGACCUGGAGAUGCGGAAUCUCCGGGAACUGGAAGACCUCAUCAUAGAGGCUGUCUACACAGACAUCAUCCAAGGCAAGCUGGACCAGCGAAACCAGCUUCUGGAAGUGGACUUCUGCAUUGGCCGUGACAUCCGAAAGAAGGACAUCAAUAAUAUUGUCAAGACCUUGCAUGAGUGGUGUGACGGUUGUGAAGCAGUUCUGCUAGGCAUUGAGCAGCAAGUUCUGAGAGCCAACCAGUACAAGGAGAACCACAGCCGAACUCAGCAGCAGGUAGAGGCAGAGGUUACCAACAUCAAGAAGACCCUCAAGGCCACAGCAUCCUCCUCGGCUCAGGAGAUGGAGCAACAACUGGCCGAACGGGAGUGUCCCCCUCACGCCGAGCAGAGGCAGCCCACCAAGAAGAUGUCUAAAGUGAAAGGUCUGGUUUCCAGCCGCCACUAG